UAAAACAAUUAAAACAAAAAAUUCCCAGAAAUAGUCCAGCUCAACAACUUGAAUUGGGCGCCUAUUCACUAUCUGACUAUCGAUAACCGACAACCAGAAACGCUCAGCUAGGGAUGUGAAAAUAAGUCAAAAACUAUCGAUCCAUUGAUAUUCUUAUAUAUUUUUCACAUCCCUACGCCCAGCCUCCUGGCCCACCAUCACUAAGUGAGACCCUAUUAAACUGCAACAACGCAAAUUAAUCCGUGAAUUUUUUUAAAGUAUAUAAUCAAAAUUUAAUAAUGGGAAAGAAGAACAAAUACAAGGCGGAAGGAAAACCGAGCGACGCAACUGCACCAACACAGCAGCAGCAGCAACAACAACCACAGCAACAACCACAGCAGCAACAGCAACAACAACCGCAGCAACAGCAACAACAACAACAAGCUUCGGGACAACAGGCGGCAAGGCCGCAACCCACAAGCUCAGGGUGGCAAGGCCAAGGACAGCGACAGGGAGCACAAGGUUGGCAAGGACAAGGACAACAAGGUGGCUACCAGCAGCGUCCACCUGCAAAGCAAGGACAAGGACAACAAGGUGGCUACCAGCAGCGUCCUCCUGGACAACAAGGACAAGGGCAACAAGGUGGCUACCAGCAGCGUCCUCCUGCACAACAAGGACAAGGGCAACAAGGUGGCUACCAGCAGCGUCCACCUGCACAACAAGGACAAGGGCAACAAGGUGGCUACCAGCAGCGUCCUCCUGGACAACAAGGACAAGGGCAACAAGGUGGCUACCAGCAGCGUCCACCUGCAAAGCAAGGACAAGGACAACAAGGUGGCUACCAGCAGCGUCCUCCUGGACAACAAGGACAAGGGCAACAAGGUGGCUACCAGCAGCGUCCUCCUGGACAACAAGGACAAGGGCAACAAGGUGGCUACCAGCAGCGUCCACCUGCACAGCAAGGACAAGGACAACAAGGUGGCUACCAGCAGCGCCCACCUGCACAACAACAUGGUGCUCAGAGCCAGGACCAAUACCAAUCUCGUGGACCACCUCAGCAACAGCAGGCUGUCGCAUUACCGCCUCAGCCAGCGGGGAGCAUCAAGCGCGGUACAAUCGGCAAACCCGGCCAAGUAGGAGUCAACUACCUGGACAUUGAUAUGUCUAAGAUGCCGCCUGUGGCAUAUCACUACGAUGUGCGGAUCAUGCCAGAGCGUCCCAAAAAGUUUUACAGGCAUGCAUUCGAGCAAUUUCGCAUGAAUCAAUUGGGCGGUGCAGUAGUCGCCUUUGAUGGCAAAGCCUCUUGCUACUCGGUAGAUAAGCUGCCUGUGAAGUCCCAAAACCCGGAAGUGACUGUGACAGAUCGUAAUGGUCGCACUUUGCGCUACACAAUAGAAAUUAAGGAGACCAAUGAUUCGAGUAUUGAUCUGAAGUCGUUAACUACCUAUAUGAAAGACCGAAUUUUCGAUAAACCAAUGCGAGCCAUGCAGUGCAUAGAGGUUGUGUUGGCUUCACCGUGCCACAACAAAGCCAUUCGUGCCGGACGUUCCUUCUUUAAGAUGUCAGAGCCUGGUCAACGUUUCGAACUGGAUGAUGGAUACGAGGCCCUGGUCGGUCUUUAUCAGGCUUUUAUGUUGGGCGAUAAGCCAUUUCUAAAUGUAGAUAUAUCGCACAAAUCCUUUCCGAUUGCCAUGUCGAUGAUCGAAUAUUUGGAGCGAUAUGGCUUAAAGGCUAAAAUCAACAACCAAACCAACUUGCAAAAUUCACGACGCUUCCUUGAGCCGUUCCUCAGAGGCAUCAAUGUGGUUUACACACCUCCUCAGUCCUUUGCUAGCGCUCCAAGGGUAUACAAAGUAAAUGGACUUUCGAGUGGCCCGGCCAGCAGUGAGACCUUUGAAAGCGACGGCAAGAAGGUCACAAUUGCGGCCUACUUCCAGAGUCGCAACUACAACUUGAAGUUUCCCCAACUUCAUUGCCUGCAUGUCGGACCUGCGACGAAACAUAUUCUGCUGCCCAUCGAGCUAUGCGCCAUCGAGGAAGGUCAGGCCCUAAACCGCAAGGAUGGAGCCACUCAGGUGGCCAAUAUGAUAAAGUUUGCAGCCACAUCGACGAAUGUGCGAAAGGGCAAGAUUAUGAACUUGCUGAAAUUCUUCGAGCACAACCUGGAUCCGACCAUCAGUCGCUUUGGCAUACGCAUUGCCAACGAUUUCAUUAUGGUGAGCACCCGCACCCUAAAUCCACCGCAGGUGGAAUAUCAAGGUAACAGGUACUGUGGGGUGAGAAACGGAUCGUGGCGCAUGGACAACAUGAAGUUUCUGGAGCCCAAGCCCAAGGCGCACAAGUGGGCGAUCCUGUAUUUUGAUCCGAAGUAUGGUCGCAAAAUACACUUCAACCAGGUGGCUGAUUUUGAACGAAACGUGUUGGGCCAAAGCAAGUCAGUCAACAUAAGCUUGGAGUCUAAGGCGGAAAUUAGGACAUUCUCGGACGAUCGCAGCCUAGACGAUGUUUUCGCGGAUCUAAAGCGCAGCCAGCACGAUCUGGCAUUUGUGAUUAUUCCUCAGUCUGGAUCUUCUUAUGACAUAAUUAAGCAGAAGGCCGAGCUGCAACAUGGAAUUUUGACGCAGUGCAUUAAGCAGUACACCUUUGACCGAAAGCUCAAUCCCCAGACGAUUGGAAAUAUUCUACUUAAGGUCAAUUCCAAGCUGAAUGGCAUCAACCACAAGAUCAAGGAUGAUCCUCGACUGCCGAUGCUAAAGAACGCCAUGUACAUGGGCGCUGAUGUGACCCAUCCCUCUCCGGAUCAGCGCGAGAUUCCCAGUGUGGUCGGCGUAGCAGCCUCACACGAUCCCUACGGAGCCGCUUAUAACAUGCAAUAUCGUUUGCAGCGAGGAACUCUGGAGGAGAUCGAGGACAUGUACGCGAUAACGUUGGAGCACUUGCGCGUAUAUCAUCAGUACCGCAAGGCCUACCCUGAGCAUAUCCUCUAUUACCGAGAUGGCGUAAGCGAUGGCCAGUUUCCGAAGAUCAAAAACGAAGAACUGAGGGGUAUUAUUCAGGCCUGUGCCAAGGUGGGUAUUAAACCAAAACUUUGCUGUGUGAUUGUGGUGAAGCGUCAUCACACUCGCUUCUUUCCCAACGGCGAGCCUUCGCAGUACAACAAGUUCAACAACGUGGACCCCGGAACCGUGGUCGAUCGCACCAUUGUGCAUCCCAACGAGAUGCAGUUCUUCAUGGUCAGCCACCAGUCUAUCCAGGGCACGGCCAAGCCAACACGCUACAAUGUGAUUGAGAACACAGGCAAUCUGGACAUCGACCUGUUGCAGCAGUUGACCUACAACCUGUGCCACAUGUUCCCUCGUUGCAAUCGCUCGGUCUCGUAUCCGGCUCCCGCUUACUUAGCCCAUUUGGUAGCCGCACGCGGCCGCGUUUAUCUCACAGGCUCGACUAGGUUCCUGGAUUUGAAGAAGGAGUACGCAAAGCGCACGAUUGUUCCCGAAUUCAUGAAGACAAACCCAAUGUACUUUGUCUGAGCAUUUUCAUCUUCUUUUCCUUUUGUUGUUUUUUUAUUAUCACAUUUCUUAAACCAUAAUACAAAUAUAUAUGAUGUGAAGGAGAAUCUCUUUUGAUUGCGUUAUGAGCUUAGAUUUCAAAUAGCGCCUACAUUUGUAUCAAUUUGUUUGUGGUAUUUUAAAACCUCAAUAAGUUGGGAAAGCUCAUAAUGGAGUCAAGAGGGGCUCUCCUUUCUUUUGGGCAUAUUAAUCAACUUUAAAUAAUAAUAAAAUAUAAAGUUCAACUAAGUUGGUUGAAUCAAAAGAGUUAA